AUGGAGGCGGCCCCCGCGGCGGGCGAGCCGGCGGCCUGGGCGGCCGAGGCGCUGGCGGAGCCGGAGCUGGGCUCGGACGAGCUGGAGGCGGCGGGAGGAGCGCUGGACCGCGUCCUGCUGGACUCGGUGUGCCAGCAGCAGGGCUGGGUCCGCGUCUACGAUGUAAAAGGACCACCUACACACAGGCUGUCCUGCGGCCAGUCCCCCUACACCGAAACAACGACAUGGGAGAGGAAGUACUGCAUCCUGACUGACAGCCAGCUGGUGCUGCUCAACAGGGAGAAGGAGGUGCCCACCGAGGGGUUGCAGGAACCUCAGGAUGCCACCAAAGGCCGCUGCCUGCGCCGCACGGUGAGCGUGCCCUCCGAGGGCCAGUUCCCUGAGUACCCACCAGAUGGGGCCUCCAAGCUGGAGGUCCCAGCAGAGAGAUCUCCUCGCAGACGGAGCAUCUCCGGGACCAGCACAUCUGAGAAAACCAACUCCAUGGAUGCUGCAAAUACCUCUCCUUUCAAAGUAUCGGGCUUCUUCAGUAAACGUCUGAAAGGGUCCAUCAAGAGGACAAAGAGUCAGUCAAAGCUGGACAGGAACACAAGUUUCCGCCUCCCAUCACUCCGCAAUGCUGAUGACAGAUCACGUGGGCUGCCGAAGCUGAAGGAGUCCCGCUCCCAUGAGUCCCUGCUGAGCCCCGGCAGCGCAGUGGAGGCCCUGGACCUUGGGGCAGAAGAAAAGGUCUUUGUAAAGCCCCUGCACAGCAGUAUCCUUGGACAGGACUUCUGCUUUGAGGUAACCUACUCCAGCGGCAGUAAAUGCUUCAGCUGUUCCUCUGCUGCAGAGAGGGAUAAGUGGAUGGAAAACCUACGCAGAACUGUGCAGCCAAAUAAGGACAACUGCCGCCGAGCUGAAAAUGUGCUCCGUCUCUGGAUCAUUGAGGCAAAGGACCUGGCCCCCAAGAAGAAAUACUUCUGUGAGCUGUGCCUUGAUGACACUCUCUUUGCCCGCACCACCAGCAAAACGAAAGCAGAUAACAUUUUCUGGGGAGAGCACUUUGAGUUCUACGGUCUCCCAGCUCUUCACAGCAUCACGGUUCACAUCUACAAGGAUGUGGAGAAGAAAAAGAAAAAGGACAAAAACAAUUACGUCGGCUUGGUCAACAUUCCCAUGGCCACUGUAACGGGUCGCCAGUUUGUGGAAAAAUGGUACCCAGUCAGCACACCUACACCCAACAAAGGGAAAUCAGGAGGACCUUCCAUUCGCAUCAAGUCGCGUUAUCAGACCAUCACCAUCUUACCCAUGGAGCAAUACAAGGAGUUUGCAGAGUUUGUUACCAGCAACUACACGAUGCUGUGCUCCGUGCUGGAGCCAGUCAUCAGUGUAAGGAAUAAGGAAGAGAUGGCUUGUGCAAUGGUGCAUAUUCUUCAGAGCACGGGGAGAGCUAAGGACUUCUUAACGGAUCUGGUGAUGUCUGAGGUAGAUCGCUGUGGGGAGCACGACGUCUUGAUCUUCAGGGAGAACACACUUGCUACCAAAGCUAUUGAGGAAUACCUGAAGUUGGUAGGGCAGAAGUAUCUCCACGAUGCGUUAGGGGAGUUUAUCAAGGCUUUGUAUGAGUCAGAUGAAAACUGUGAAGUGGAUCCCAGCAAAUGUUCAUCCAGUGAAUUAACAGACCAUCAGAGCAACCUGAAAAUGUGUUGUGAGCUGGCCUUCUGCAAGAUUAUCAAUUCCUACUGCGUGUUCCCUCGUGAGCUGAAGGAGGUGUUUGCAUCUUGGAAGCAGCAGUGCCUGAGCAGGGGCAAGCAGGAUAUCAGCGAGCGGCUGAUCAGUGCCUCCCUGUUCCUCCGCUUCCUGUGCCCCGCCAUCAUGUCCCCCAGCCUCUUCAGCCUCAUGCAGGAGUAUCCCGACGACCGGACAUCGCGAACGCUCACACUUAUUGCUAAAGUCAUUCAGAAUCUCGCCAAUUUUGCUAAGUUUGGUAACAAGGAAGAGUACAUGGCUUUCAUGAACGACUUUCUGGAACAUGAGUGGGGGGGAAUGAAGCGAUUUCUCCUGGAGAUCUCUAAUCCAGAUACCAUCUCAAACAUGCCUGGAUUUGAGGGCUAUAUCGACCUGGGCAGAGAGCUCUCAGUUUUGCAUUCCCUCUUAUGGGAGGUUGUGUCCCAACUUGAUAAGGGUGAAAAUUCCUUCCUACAGGCGACCGUGGCAAAACUGGGACCUCUUCCUCGUAUUCUUGCUGACAUCACCAAAUCAAUGACCAACCCUACGCCAAUACAGCAGCAGCUGAGGCGUUUCACUGAGCACAGCUCUAGUCCAAACGUCAGUGGCAGUCUCUCCUCAGGGCUUCAGAAGAUAUUCGAGGACCCCACUGAUGGUGACUUACAUAAACUGAAGUCUCCAACCCAGGAAAACAUAGAUGGAUAUUUCAGGGGCAAGACCUUGCUGUUGGUUCAGCAGGCGUCCACCCAGAGCAUGACUUACUCAGAUAAGGACGAAAGAGAGAGCAUCUUGCCCAACGGACGUAGCAUCUCCCUCAUGGACCUGCAGGAUCCCCACACCACUCACAGCGACCACGCUUCCAUGAUGCACGACGUGCCUUUGCGCUUGGCCGGCAGCCAGCUCUCCAUCACCCAAGUGGCAAACAUCAAGCAGCUGUGGGAGACUCAGAGCACCCCCCAAAGCGCACCCCAGGUGAGGAGGCCGCUGCACCCAGCUUUGAACCAGCAGGGCAGCCUCCAGCCUCUGUCAUUCCAGAACCCGGUGUACCACCUCAACAACCCACCCGCGCCCAUGCCCAAGGCCUCCGUGGACUCCAGCUUGGAGAACCUGAGCACCGCCAGCUCCCGGAGCCGAAGCAACAGCGAAGACUUCAAGCUCAGCGGGCCCAGCAACAGCAGCAUGGAGGAUUUCACCAAGCGCAGCACACAGAGCGAGGACUUCUCUAGGCGGCACGCGGUCCCAGAUAAGCACGUCCCCAUCGCCUUGCCCCGCCAGAACAGCAGCAGCCAGGCGCAGAUCCGCAAAAUGGACCAGGCUGGCUUAGGGGCCAGGGCCAAAGCGCCGCAGUCGCUGCCGCACAGCGCAUCCCUGCGCAGCACGGGCAGCAUGUCGGCUGUGUCGGGGGCUGUGGUGACUGAGCCCGUCCAGAACGGCAGCCGCUCCCGGCAGCAGUCCUCGUCCUCUAGGGAGAGCCCUGUCCCGAAGGUGAGGGCCAUUCAGAGGCAGCAAACGCAGCAGGUCCAGUCGCCUGUGGACUCGGCCACAAUGUCACCAGUGGAAAGGACAGCAGCGUGGGUCCUCAAUAACGGGCAGUAUGAGGAAGUGGAGGAGGACACGGAGCAGAACCCAGAUGAAGCCAAGCAUGCCGAGAAGUACGAACAAGAGAUAGCAAAGCUGAAGGAACGCUUGAAAGUGUCGAGCCGCCGACUGGAAGAGUACGAGCGGCGGCUCCUGGUGCAGGAGCAGCAAAUGCAGAAGCUGCUGAUGGAGUACAAGUCCAGGCUGGAGGACAGCGAGGAGAGACUGCGCAGGCAGCAGGAGGAGAAGGACAGCCAGAUGAAAAGCAUUAUCAGCAGGCUCAUGGCAGUUGAAGAGGAACUGAAGAAAGAUCAUGCAGAGAUGCAAGCUGUCAUCGAUGCAAAGCAGAAAAUUAUUGAUGCACAGGAGAAGCGGAUCGUGUCCCUGGACUCUGCCAACACGCGGCUGAUGAGUGCCCUGACGCAGGUGAAGGAGCGCUACAGCAUGCAAGUCCGCAAUGGCAUCUCCCCCACCAACCCCACCAAGCUUUCCAUCACGGAGAAUGGUGAAUUCAAAAACAGCAGCUGCUAACUGGGCAGACGCUGCCGGCCAUCUUCCCAGGAGAAGGGCAGGAGGGAGCGGACUCGAGAAACUCCACCGACGGCCCCUCUUCCCCGCCAGGUUUACAUGUUGCUGCUAAUAAAAAGAAAAUAAGAACGAACUCUGAACGGUGGGCUUUAAUUCCCCACUCGAGGCCAGGAGAAUCGGGCUCCCGAGAACAAGUCCUUCCAUAUCACUGUGUAAAUAGGGGGAGCUCUGGGUCAUGUACAGAAAACGCCAAUGUAAAAUACCAAAAGGAAGUGAAUACUGUAGAUUUUUUUUAAUUAUUGCUAUUAUUAUUAUUUUUUUUUUCCCUCUUGUUGAAAGCACUGCAGUCCUUGGAGAAGGAAGAGGGGAGUGUGAGUGCAUGUGUGUUGUGGGUGAGAGAGCUGAGCUGUGGGUUACAUUAGAUAGUAGCUGUAUAUAUCAGGCUGACUGAUGCAAGUGCAUGAAUGGAGUGAAAUAGCAGUGAAAUGAAUUCUGUAACAGAACUCAUCCUCUGAUUUUAUCCCUCUCUUCUCUAGUUGUCCUUUAUCCGAAUGCCAACUCAAUAGCAAAUGUUUUAGCAAGAAAAUUGGCUCUUGCUGGCUCCUGUACCCGCUUUUGGUGGGGCUCCAGCAAAAACCAAAAUUCUGAGCAAGGUAAAAUCUAGGGGCAGCAAUCUUGUCUCCUUGCAUUUGUACAGUCAAGCUUCCCAGCAAACAGACAGAGGGAAUCUGCAGUUUUCAAGGUAGGAUUCUUUUUACCCUCGUUGUAAUGCAAUUUGUAUUUUCUGUUUUGGGAAUUCACAGACCUGUAAAUACUUUUUUUUUUUUUUUUUUUUUAAAUAAUUUCAAUCCAGUCUUUACUUUGUGCACCAUGCAGCGACACCCUGAGUUAUUCCCUGCACUCCAUCAGGAGCAACCAGGUCAAUGUUCUGAGGAAAGGGCUAACCAAAGGGCGCCCGUGCCCAGCCAGUAGAGUUCUGUCUGCAAAACUUCAGUUUUCCUGGCAGAUCUCUUCAACUCUGUCCUGUUCACUUGCACUGUUUCAGCCACCAGCUUAGUCAGUUUAGUUCCAGUUAAAGGCAAGAGCUUCCAUUUCCACUGAAAUUUGCCUUUCUCUGGAUAUUUUUAAGGGUUUUGUUUCAGAGUUCUUUACACUCUUAUUUUUCUUAAGGAAUUUUGACUUAGCUUUCAUCUCUAAUUAUUUUCAGUUGCAUUUCGUAGAAGCAUAUUUACAGGCUGUAUGUCAGUGCGUGUAUCAUUACAAGUACAAAGUGACCUUCUCGUAGCAGACUGUCAGCUGGUAAGAGAUAAACAACAAAUGGCACAGUACUGUCAGUUCUCAUGAUUUCACGCCCCCAUACUUACUUUGAGGUCCUCCUGGAAGACUGAAGUCAAGAGGUGUUUGGGUUAUGGGUGCCCUGGGUGCCCUGGGUUAUGUCUAGCAAAAAGGAACAAGCCAAUGAGAUGAAUGUGGGGGUACCUGCCUGAAAUUGUGUAGCCUGGGCCAAGGAGGAGGUCAGAGCUGAUUAUCCUUCCUGGCCUCAGUUUAUGAUUCUCUAGAAUUGUACUACAUUAAAAAUGUAGAGGUUUCUAAGUCAGUUCCAUAACUGCUUGAAAUGGGCCCGCGUUGCCCUGAACAUGAAGGACUGGCAAUACAGAGGCUUCAAAUUCAGUGGCUGUUGUGGAGUUUGUUUGUUGUUUGCAAAUAAAUUAAUCUCUGUGGGCAAACUUGUAACACAGUUUGUAACACAGAACAUUAACUGUUCUACCUUGGUUAUGGUGAGUUGAGAUGCUGAAGUUAAACACUGUCAUACAAGUAUGUUACAUUUCUAACCAUAGGUACAUAGAGACCACAUGCCCUGCACUGUAAGAAGGAAAAUGCUUUCACUUACAUCUGAAGGAGACCUGUCUGCAGUGAGUUGGGGUUUAUCCUCAGUGCUCAGCUCUUUCCAAUCGAAGCCUCUCUCUGCCUGCCAAAUGUGACUUGGUCCUAUAGGCCCAAUGCAUCCUUGUCCACUUCUUGGUGCUCAGUAGUGAUUUCUUUUCAGUACUUUCAGGAUUGUCUUCCUUCUCUGGGUCACCACUGACUCUGAUUUGAUCCUCCAAGUGUGCCCUUCCAUUCUCUCUCCUUUCCUUCCUCCUCUGUGCAUCACAGCCAUAGGCACUCUAUCCAGUGUCUUGUGAGUAGCUCUUUUACAAGAGCAACCCCUUUUUCAGUUGAGUAUUUGUGUGUGAUUUGCAUCUCCCCUUUGCUGUGUGCUGUAAUUUCACAGCUGUGUCCUGGGAAGUUUGUUCCCAAAAGUAGCCUUUGCAGGUAGACAUGCGUAUUGCUCAUUUAACAUGCAGUGCAGACCAUAGGGGUGCUGUGUCACUGAGACAGAAGAGCAAGAAGUCACGUGAAUGCAUUGACUAGAGCAAGGCAGAAGCAGGUAUGUUAUUCUGACAGCAUUUGUCUAACAUGAAUUUGAGAAAUGCAUUGCACCAGAACUCCCCACCUUUCCAGUCUUCCAUCAGACAUUGCUGCCUGAACCGUACGGUUCAGUGCUGUAGACUCCAAGAAAUCCACUUUGGUUUCUGCAGAAAAAUGCAAUAGUGGCAACAUUUUAGUCCUGGUUUCUAUAGAGGGGAAAUGAUACCUGUUGAUACAUGAGCUAUUUGGGGUGUAUCAUUCUGAAUAAUGUACCUUCUUGUGUGCAUUUCUUAAGCUUAUGGACUGGGAAGAGCUGCUGUUCUGAAAGAAUGUGACCCAUGCUAUCAUCCUCGCAGCUUGUUGCUAUUCAAUUCUAUUUCUUUUAAUUGCUAUUAAUUCAAUUUCUACCCCAAAGUGCAAAAUGUACUCCUCUAUCUCCUUGUACAGAGGAGAAGCUGCCCGUUGGCCCGAAAGGGGGUGAAGGUUGUGGACUCGCAAUGCUGCAAACUGAAAUUGAUGAGCUACAGUACAAAAUGUUAUGUUCCUGAGUUCUGCAGGCAGCUGUCUCUCCUAAUUUGUCACCAAGCAGCUUUCUAGAGAAAUUUUAAGCUACUUUAAGCUGACAGUAUGUGAAAAUGCCAGCUUCUGUUCUGUCCGGUCUGAUAAAAUUCAAGUGGUACUGAACCACGUGGCAGCCAAAAAGCUCUGCCUCUUUUGAAACAAGAACCCUACCUGGCCCCAUCUCAUUCUUUCUGUGACUAACAGCCAGUGGGUCUCUGCAGCAAUAAGUGAGAAGGUAAACAGUGGAAAAAUGUGAGUGGAAAAAUGAUAAGCAUUAUAGACUGUGGUUCAUACAUCCAGCAAAUUGAUCAGGCUUUGCUAAUGCUAUUGCGAGCAACUGCUGCUGUCAUUUAGAAACAGCUAAGUAAUAAAAUGUAAUAAGCUGUCAGAGUAAUACUCCUGUAUUUCUAGGUGUGGGGCAGGAAAGCUUCCCAUCUCAGUCCUUGUUGGCCAUCACUCAUUGCUGUUCUAGGACACUUCCCAGACCACAGAGCCACUCAGAACGGAGCAAGCACAGCCAUGUCCUGUGAAUGCCCGUUCUUUGCAGCUCAAGGAGUUCUCACCUUUUUGUAAGGGAAAUAGGCACAGUUCACAUCCAGAAGUACCAGUUGUGAUAUCCCUGGUGCGUUGGAAAUGGGCAGCUACAUGUCAAAGCACAGAUUCACACAGCUCCUCUUCUUACAGCUUUUAUUUGCAGUGGAAUAAAUUUAAGCAGAUCCAGAGCAGCAUGGAAAGGGAUGUGUAUGCUUUCCAGUUAGAGAAUAUGAAGGGUGACAGUCAUAAAUUCUGUGUCCGUCCAUCAGAGAAAUGGAUUUUACUCUCUGUUCUUGCAGUUGCUUUGGGUUGGCUUAGGCUUUUUUUUUUUUUCCACCAUAUAUUAAUUUCAUGUUUUAAUGCUUUCUUUAACCACCAGCUUUUAACUUCAUCUGCAAACUCAAUGAUUGAAGUCAGUCGGUUUUAUAGCAGUGCCUGUGGAGUGUGCCAGCAGUGUCUGUGUGCUCAGAUUGCCGUGUGUGUAUGAAUUCUGCUUGUGUUCUGCAAAAUGUCUGUGUCGUUUCUGGAGAACAAGUCCUGUCUGAGUUGAACCAUUCAGUGUAAGUAAUAAUAAAAUCUUGCAUUAGCGUGGUCAGCCACAGGUAUCCAGCUGAGCAUGACAGAGCAAAAGGGUUAAAUUUAGGCUGAUGCUCUGGGGUGUUUCCUUCCCUACAGUCAGCUGGCUCCCAGGAGAGAGAGCUUAUCAUUGCAGGUCAUGGCUGCCAGGAAUCCUACCUGUAAAAAUAGAUUUUCUGUCUCAAGGGCCUUAAUAAGAAUGUUAUUACACAGAACUGUUUUGCAAUGAUAGCUCUAAAUAAUUUAUUUUUUAUUUUGACAAAGUACACCUUAAGAAGUAAUAAACUUGUUUUUUCAAGCCGUAUUUUUAUGCUAGUAGCACUGGACUGUUUGGUCUCUGAGAUCCAUUUCUGCAUUUCAUUGCCUGGGUUUGUUCUAAAGAAGAUUUAUUUUUGUUCUGUGAAUAAUUUUUGAAGGUUCUUGUAAUAUGUACAGAUAUAGAUACAUUUGAGGUCUUUUAUUGAUAUUCCUACAAAGAAUACAAAUAAACUUUAACUUUAAACA